AUGACAGAAGAGCUGUAUCUGAAUAAUAAUGAACUUGAAGACUCUGUAGUGAAGCAGAUCUCUACUCUACUCAGGAUGCCAAACUGUAAACUGCAGAAACUGGCGCUUCAGAACUGCAGUAUUACAGAAGAGGGAUGUGCUGCUCUGAGUUCAGCGCUGAUUUCAAACCCCUCACACCUGACACGGCUGAUUCUGAGUAAGAAUACACUUGGAUAUUCUGGAGUGAAGCAGAUCUCUACUCUACUCAGGAAUCCAGACUGUAAACUAAAGGAACUGUGGCUUCAGGACUGCAGUAUAACAGAAGAGGGAUGUGCUGCUCUGAGUUCAGCGCUGAUUUCAAACCCCUCACACCUGACAGAACUGUAUCUGAGUCAUAAUAAACUUGGAGACUCUGGAGUGAAGCAGAUAUCUACUCUACUCAGGAUACCAAGCUGUAAACUGCAGAAACUGGAGUUUAAUGACUGCUGUAUUACAGAAGAGGGCUGUGGCGCUCUGACUUCAGCGCUGAUGUCAAACCCCUCACACCUGGGAGAUCUGAAUCUGGAUGAUAAUACACUUGGAGACUCAGGAGUGAAGAAGAUAUCUGCUCUACUCAGGAAUCCAGACUGUAAACUACAGCUACUGGGGUAA